CGUAAAAUAUACAACAGCGUGUUCAAUGUUGAAUCGUGCCCAAGAGAGAGCCUCCUUUUUUCUCUUCAGCGUUUGGUGGUGUACGGUGUUCCAGUCUUCGCAAGUACACGGACCAGUCAUCAUUUAAGUUUUGUCCAGCCAGUACAUAUGUACAUAAACCACAAAUAAAUAGUGAUUAAAAAAAAUUAAAAUUAAUUAAUUAAACAAGUGUUAAUAAACAAUAGUGCAAAUAACACCGGCAUCGGCGUUUUUUGUUUUCAAUAUUGUUGGAAAAUAAAACAGCAAAAAAAAAAAAGGUAAAUUCUUUAAAAUUGUAUUUUUGCUUGUGGAAAUAAUUCAACACAAGAGGAUUGAAAAUGACGAGGACAAUGGCGAUUUUACAAUUAAUUUUUUGCUCUCUUUUGUUAGUUGAAAAUGCUUUUCAAUAUGUUUCAUCAACAACACCACUUCCUCUUGUUGCUGAAUUAUCAGAUAAUCUCAUUGAAAAAACUAACAAGGUAAAGCCAGAUAUUUGUGAAUCCAAAAAUGUUGAAGCAGGUACAUUAUUAUGUACUUGUACAGGAUUGGGAGAAAAACAAAACACACUUGAAGCACAAUGUUUUCUUGAAAGUAAUGAUAUUUCAUCAAAUAAUUCAGUUUGGAGUUUAUUUGCUCCAUCACAAAAACCUAUUAAAUCGUUUAAAUUGAUGCGACGUGCUUAUGGAGUUCUCGAGUAUGUUCCAACAAGUACAUUACAAUCAAUGACAAAAUUACAACAUUUAUUAUUUCAAGACAUUAGUUUUACUAAUAUUUCUGAACGAGCAUUUUACAAUAUGUCAAAUAUCAAAGAAAUUAAUCUUGAAAAUAAUAACAUAAAAAAUUUACCAUUGAAAACUUUUGAUAGUUUGAAUCGCCUUGAAGUUAUUUACAUGACAAAAAAUAACUUCAGUGAAAUAAAACAAAAUGUUUUUUUUAAUUUAUCUACCUUAUCAAAACUUGUCUUGGCUCAAAAUGGAAUUAAAAAAAUUGAAGACAAUUCAUUUGAAACAUUACAAGCACUAACAGAUCUUGAUUUAUCAAAAAAUAAAAUAACUGAAAUAACAUCUGGUAUGUUUAAUGGACUUGGAAAUUUAAAAAAUUUAGAUUUGUCAUACAAUGAAUUGACAAUAAUCAAAAUUGAUUAUCUAAAAAAUGCACGAGAUUUAGUAACUCUUAAUUUGGCUAAUAAUGAAAUUAAAACUUUUGAUUAUACUGAACUUAUUGAAUGGAAUAGUUGGACAAAUUUAAAUUUGAGUAAUAAUCAUUUGGUAAUGUCAUCUGAUCAAGAUUCAUUUGCUGGUUUAUUAAAUCUUGAAACAUUGGAUCUCAGUAAUAAUGCCAUGAAAGAUUUACGUUUUCCAAAUAUGAAAAGAAUAUAUGCCAGUAAUAUCAAUGCAACAACAGCUUUAAAACUUUAUCUUCAAGGUAAUAAUUUGACUUGUAAUAGUGAUCUUUCAUGGAUGUUUGAAUUGAGAGAUCUUGCUAAAGAUUCAAAUUUGAAAAAAUCAAUGUCAAAUGUUACAUGUUUUCUCGUUUAUGAAGGAAAAAAUAUCAAGACAGCUAAGAAUGAUACAACAAACAGUACAACUACAAUAAACGAAACAAACAUGAUUGAUGGUGGAUUAUUGAUUGAUGGACCAAAAAAUGGUACAAUGAAACAAUUAUGGGAAUUGAAAUUAGCUGAUCUUCCAAUUGUAAAUACCAUGAGAACAGAUGUUAAUGAGUGGAAACAAAAAGAGACACAAUCAACAACAACAUCAUCAUCAGCCAAAGUACAAAUACUCUUAGCUAUUCAACUUAUAACUUUAUCAAUAAUCUUCAUUUAAAUUAUUUAACGUAUUUAAACAAAAAAGCAGUAUUUAUAUUUAAUGUUCAAAUAUUUAUCUGCUAAAUAAUCCCAGUUUAAAAAAAAAAAAAUUACAAGAUAAAUUAACCCUCAUGUGUCUUACAAUUUCUCCAAGAAAAAAAAAAGACAUUCUUUUUCUUUUGCUUUUGAUACCACUUAAAUUUAAGCUCAUUAUUUAAACUCAAAGAUUACGAUAAACAUUUCAGUAUAAAACAAAUUUCAGUAUAAAUUAUUGAAUUUUGCUAUACUUUUUUAAGAUACAGUAAUAAAUAAUUUAUUAUUUAAUUAUCUAUUAUUAAAUAAAAAUAGAUUAAUAAAAAUGAAAAAUUAAAAAAAAAAAAAGAACGAACAGAGUGUGUGACGAAUGAGUGAAAAAAACAAAAAAAAUAUUUGUUAUAAAAAAAAAAAAAAAAAAACUCGAUAGUCCUGAUUAAAUUUAAGCUCAAUGUUGUUAGAAUAAGAAUACUAUAACUUUAAUUUUUUCUCUAUUCAAAAAGAAAAAAAAAAAAAAAACGACAAUUUUUGCUAUUUCUAUUAUCUCAAGAACAAUUAUGAAUCAAUAUUGCAAU